CAAACUCAUACCGUCUGGAUAUAGAGACAGAUAAAACAAAAAGGCAUUCAUUAGGGUGAAAAACAACCCACUGGAAGGCUAGUACAAGGAACCUUACAUGAUUACACAAUUUUUAGUGGCUGGAAGCAUUUUUUUCCUCAGCCGAGCAGAUUAUUGAUCGAUGACACUUAGCUACUAACGUUGCUGGCAAAUUGCUGAUCCUGGUGUAUUUCGUUCGGUGGAAUCAAGAUCCCGUGAAUCCCUUGUGACCGUUCCCUGUAGGCGGCAGAGUUAUACCAGAAGUGUUCAGAGGUGUGAUUUGGUGAAGAAAGUGUUCCAUAGUUCUACAGAACCUAAUCCAGUUCGAUAUGGCUGUGCAGCAUUCGAUUAUAUUGGCCAGCGUUUUGCUGCUAUCGAUUGUCGUUCAAAAAGGCGACGCUAUCAAGUGCUUCGUUUGCAACAGCGCGGAGGAUUCGCAGUGUGCCUAUGACAUCCCGCCGGUUGACAUGCAGACCGACUGCGACACUUACAAGGAUGGCAACAAGUACACCUUCUGUCGGAAGAUUAUACAAUCGAUUGAGUUCUCUGUCAAUAACCUUCCCGCAGAUACCAGAGUGAUCCGUGGAUGCGGCUGGGAUGAAUCGUCUUAUAAGGGCAAAUGCUACCAGCGCUCUGGCUUCGGUGGUCGUCAGGAGGUUUGCGCUUGCUAUGAAGACAAUUGCAACGGUGCAUCAUCGCUGCAAGCUACCUUGGGAUUGCUCAUGGCUGCCGCAAUCGCAUUCUUAGUUCGUGCUUAAUCCUUUUGAGUAUGUGCAACGGGUAUCGUUCCAGCACCGGGUGCUAUUCAUUAGUGAUUUUAGUCAUAUUUUUUAUUCAUAGCGGAACAAUGAUUCUAUUUUGCUAUCUUUUUAUUUCAUUUCAUCCAGAGUAUUGGGAGAGAAUGCUUCUAAAGCAUUACAAAGAAUAACGAUAUGAAAUUCCGGUGCAGCUGCAUCAGGCGGAACGGAAUGUAGGUCAUUUGUUUAAGUAUUAGAUUUAAUACCCUCUAAGCGAAAACUGAACCAAAUUAUUAAUGCAAUUUCAUAUAAUUUAAAUAGACAUCUCCAUUUGUACGUCAUUUUUAGGGAGAAUUUUGAAGCAUUCCAUUUUCAAGGGUAAAUUUCUAACGCUAGGAACGAUUGACCAGCAGUAGUGGAUUUAAUGUAACGUUUCGGUUCCGUCCCAAAGCAGUGAACAGAACUAUUAUGUUCAAACGUAUACAGCGUUCGGUUGUGUCCGGGUAAUGUUUUAGAUAAGUUCAUUCACUCAGUUAAAGUGGCAAUCGAAUGCCAGAAUACACAAGCUGUACCUUUUGUAAAUAUGAACGUUCAGUUUAGUAAGUUUUGUUAUCGGUCCACAUUUAAGAAGAUAGAAAUAGUACUUCAGAUUAGGGGAAACACAUUUUCCAAGCAGAUGAAUCGUUUAUUUGGAAUACACCGACAGUUGAAUAAAAUUAAAGCGAUUUUUGUUUUCCUACGACCUUCUUGAUUCAUGAAUCUGUGUAUGUGUACUAGGGGAGCAGUAGAUCUAAACAUUGCUUUGCUUUUGCCAUCGGAAGCACUUAGUACUUUACGGGCCUACGGAUAAACUCAGACACUCUGCCAGGUUAUCGCUGAGGUCAGCUUUUUGCUGAGUGCAAUGAUCUUCUAAGAAGUCUGAUAGAAGUUUCCCAAUAGUCCAAUGUAGAGUUUAUACGAUGCUUUACAGUGAGAAUCUUUAUAAAAACCAGAAAGUUCGGAUCAAGGGUUUCUGUUAGGCACCGGACUGAGUAAGAAACGGUUUGUUGCUGAUAAAAAUAGUAACAGCAAUUCGUUUCUUCCGUCGGUCUCUCUUAUCUUAAAACAACACUACACACUCGUGACCCUAGGAUGAGAGCAUCUAUUCAAUAUGAAUUGAAAUUUUUCCGAUUGAUUGAUGUUUUUUUUUAUUUUACUCACUCCCUUUCAUAAAAUAGGAAUAUGCUCCACUCGAGCUGAAGAGAUAUAUUUAAUUGAUUGUUUUUUUUCAAGAGCAAAUAAAUAGAGAACUUUAAGAUCCAAGUGUUAUGUAAAAAACAGAAACAUUUAAAAAUAAACGAAAAAUAUACUGCUUUAUACGCUGAUCAAACCGAACGAAUACAUAGUAAUAUAAUGUUAGAGAUAAAUCAAUUGUUUGAAGAUAAAGUAAUAGAGGGAAAAAAUGUUUACGUAUUUGUAGAGUUAAGGCAAAAAUGAAAACUUCCCGAAUCACAGCUAAUUUCUCACACACGAGCAUCUUCUCGUUCAGUUCAAUUGCAAUAGUACCAACAGGCGAAUGCUAGGAAUCAGUCAUCAAUUGGCACACUGCACUUUGUUUCAAUUUCUACCAAAACACCAAAGGCGAGAUCGUGAAAAUUGACUGACUGCCAUCGCUUACGAACCCCAAAAAUGGGUUUCCUGAUCUUGUCAAGUAUAGCAUUCUGAAAAAAAGGUUACAUCGGCAUACGCUAAGCGCAAAAGUUCAAAUAGUUUUCUUAUAAGAUAACAAAUCUCAAAUGCGAGACCCAGGAUAGUGGUCAAUAGAGAUUGCCAUCGGAGGGAAAUAAUAAAAUGAUAAAAUUAUGUUUUGAUUCUGCGAAACGAAA